ACUAGACCCGUCAUUGAGUCCUUAUUCCUCCCUUCGACUCGUGACUAUCGACUAGCGGUGUAGAGAUCGACCGAAGGAGGACCGGCGAUGCUUUGCCCCCCGCCCCCCAGAAGCCGCCGCGAUGUUCCUACCCGGGGACAUCGUUACCUUUUGCCAGGGAGCGCCCAUGCGACGGUGCCUCGCAAGGAAAGCAGUUCUCAGCGCUGACAUCCCUGGACUGGGCCGAGGGUCAAGGGCGCCCGCCGACAGGCUUCCGUUACGCGCUACUCGAACCUCUCUGCUUCAAUUGCCUGCAUGGUGUCCGAUCCAAGCUCCGCCCAGCGUACGUGGGUCGGGCAGCAGUAGCCUGAAGCUUGACGCCCCACUUUUCAAAAGCUCUGACAAAAGUCAGAUCGUGUCAGGAAAAAGGCUUCCACGUGCAUGGAUCACAUUUGCGAAUGCAAAAAGGUAUUCUUACAACAGGUAUAGCGUGCGCAAAAGAAAGUUGGGAGUGCAUCGUCGUAUGGGGAAGCAAGCGAGCGCAAGGAGACAAAGUCUGGAUGCCUCGAGGAUGGUGGAUGUAUUACAGUGAAAAGUAGCGAAUGAUGUAUGAUUGCAGAAGCCGAUGCUUGAAAAAUGGUGAAGACGGUAAAGGCGCGCCGAGCGCUUCUAUAUGGCUAGUGACUAGAGAGACGAGGGGCGAAAGAGAUGUCCCCGAUCCGAAUCCCGACCGUUGAGGGUACGAUGACUUUGAGUUGACGACGGUAGCGUGUUGACCAGCAGUCAGCGGUAAAGCUCAGUGAAGAAGAUCAUUUUGUUUCCGUCGUGGUCGACC